AUGCCUGCUGUUCCGCUCGGAUCCCUCGUGCUCGUCACCGGCGCCUCUGGCUUCAUUGCAGUACACACCAUCAAAACCUUCCUCGAGAACGGCUACCCCGUCCGCGGCACGGUCCGUUCGCAUGCCAAGGGCGAGUACCUCGCCGACCUUUUCAAGGGGAGCAAGGUGCCGUUCGAAUAUGUGAUCGUUGAAGACAUUGCCCAGCCGGGAGCGUUUGACGAGGCCGUCAAGGGCGUGGCUGGCGUCGCACACACUGCUAGCCCGUUCCACUUCAGGGUGAACGACCCGCAGCAGCUUAUCGAACCGGCUGUCAAGGGAACACUGGGCGUGCUCGAGAGCAUCCAGAGGAACAACCCCGAUGUCAAGCGUAUCGUCAUCACCAGCUCCUGUGCUUCCAUCAUGGAUGACGCUGCUCCCAAGCCUCAUGUCCGCACAGAGAAGGACUGGAACGAGACGUCGCUCAAGGAGGUCGAGGGAAAGGGCCGCGAUGCCAUGCCCAUUGACAUGUACCGCGCUAGCAAGACGCUCGCUGAGCGUGCGUUCUGGAAGUUUAUCGACGAGAAGAAGACGAGCUGGGACGGCGCAACAAUCUGCCCGCCAAUGGUGUACGGUCCCAUCCUGCAACAGGUCUCGAGCACGUCGGGCCUCAACACUUCGAAUGCGAGCCUCCUCGACUGGCUGACUGGCAACAAGAAGCAGAGUGACAUCCCGGAGGUCGCGCCCUUCAACUGGGUCGAUGUACGCGACGUUGCCCUUGCUCACGUCCGUGCGCUCACGGUUCCGGAGGCCGGCGGGGAGCGCUUCAUCGUUGGCGCUGGCCCGGGCUCACCCAACGAUCUCGUGCUGAGCUUCGAACGUCACUUCCCAGACCGCAAGACAUACCCUAAGGGUGACGCGUUGAAGGUGGAGGCGAUCAACGCCCAGAGCAACCGUUACGACGGGUCCAAAGCGGAACGCAUCCUUGGCAUAAAGUACCAUGACAUCGACAUGUCGGUCAAAGACACGGUCGAAAGCCUGAUCACGCGGUUGGGCGUGUAG